CCAUCUAUGAGGCGAAUGAGAAUCGAAGGAGAGAUAACUCUACGAGUCUGUGUUCCAAAGAUGUUGCUGUGUCUUCUUCCCAAGCGAAUCCCACAAACAGAAACCGGACCAAAGUGUUUCUACCACCGAACAAACGGAUUAUUUUACCUUUAAUUUAGCUGCCUUAUGAGGCUAGUUUCACACUCAUUCUUUUUAGUUUCUUUCUGCUUUGAUUUCUAGGGUUUGUUUCACUUUCUUUUAACCUUAUUCUUUCGUCCCACUCCUUUUAACAAAUAUUUUGUCUGAUUUUCAUUUCCUGAAUCGGUCAGAUCUUUAAAAAAAACAGAAAAAAAAAAUACCUGAUCAAUAUAUGUUUAUUAAUUUCACAUCUUUUAUCUCCUCUCUAGUUAUUUUCAGUGUUCAAUAUACAUUCACUUUGUUUCUCUCUCAUCUAUAACAAAUAUUCUCUCUGCAUCUCCACCCAACUUUCACAGCAAAAAUAUCUUAAAAACAACAACAACAACAACAACAAAACCAAAAGAGAAAAAAUCUGCUCGUUGCGGCCAGAAAUUUAUAUUUUCUUGUUUAAUAUCAAACGAGAAACAAAGCAAAACAAAAAUUAAUUAAAAUAAUGACGAUGACUUCUAACUCCGAUGAAGAGAAAUUCUGCAAGUUGUUCGUGGCUCGACUCAGUUCGGACACAUCUGAGGAGUCAUUGAAAAACUAUUUCCAAACUUGGGGAGAGGUUUCUAAAUGUGUUAUCGUAAAAAAUCCAUCCACAAACCAGUCCAAAGGGUUUGCUUUCGUCACAUUUGUGUGUCCAGAAGCACUGGACAAGGUGCAAGAAGCUCGGCCGCAUUGCAUCGACAACCGAAAGUUGGACACGAAACGAGCCAUUCCGCAAGAUGAGGCGCCCGAGAAUAAAGUUAGCGUCAGUAAAAUGUUCGUUGGAGGCAUCAAGGAGGACAGCACCGAGGACGAAAUUCGAAACACAUUUUCGCCUUAUGGUGAAAUUGAGAAGAUUGACAUGAUCAGGGAUAAGGGUACUGGCAAGUUUAAGCGGUUCUGUUUUGUUACCUUCACUGACUAUGAUAGUGUAGACAAGUGUGUGAUUAAGAAACAUUUUGAAUUAUCAGGCAAACAGGUAGAAGUGAAGAAAGCCGUUUCCAAGGACGAACUCAUAACUGGCCGCGGCGGCAGCGGUGUUGCUGCUUAUAGUCGCGUGUUGAACCCAUAUGGACGAGGUGCAUUUCAAGGGUAUAGCAGUCCUUACGGGUACGGGAGUGCGGGCGCUGGAUGGUACGCAUAUCCGAGUGGAAUCGCCAACUAUACCAGUGAUGCUUAUGGUACUAAUUUCUCCUGUCCCUAUGGUAACGGCUUAGGUGGUGGCCCGACUCGUGGUCGCGGCAGUUUCACUCCACGUGGCUCCGGCCCAUACGGGGGUUGGUGAAGAAAAACUUUAUUAAUUUUUCUUUUUUUUUCUUUUUUUUUGUAUUGACAAUUUUUUUUCAGUUUUGUUUUUUUGUUUUUAUUAUUUCCGAAGAUAUCGUUCUAUACAGAUGGUUACCAUGUUGUAUCUCCUGAAAAACCAUUCUUUUUCUUCUUUUUUUUUCUUUAAAUCUGAGGUUACGCACAGUUUUUUGGCUGACAACCAUGUUGGAUUUGGUGAAGGCUACAGGUUCUUUUUUUUUUUUUUGUAUCUUUUGUGAGUUUAAUUAAUACCAAACUGUGAAAAGUGUGAUGGGUUUUUUUUUUUUUUUUUACUCCACAGUUUUGACUCUUAUUUUGGACCGUUAUCUCUACUCAGAAAAUCCGUCACACUUAACCUGUUUUGUAAUGAAUAAUCUGACAAAAUAAAAAAAAAGCCAUCAUCGCUAAUCACUUACAAAUCCAAUAUCACACCCAACACGCACAAACACACACAC